AAACGAAGAAGAUGGAUGAAACUAGUGCGAGGGAGCUCUCCGUUUCGGCGAGGAACGUUCACCAGAGAGUUUUAAAGCUCAGAGAUGCAGCUCUGGGGAGCCGGAAGAGCAUAUCGGUGGACUCUCCGCUAGCUCAUGCCAGCUAUGAGUGCGCAGUGGACUCCCUUCUGGCGCUGUACGGCGAGUGUUCCAGCGAGACGUCGGGGCUGUCCCGUGACAAGCACAUCUCAAGGUUCUUGACCAAAUAUGAAGGGGCUGUGAAGGAUCUGAGCAAACUGCGAUUGACUCCUGACGAUUUCUCUGUGAAGGCAGUCAUUGGACGAGGCCACUUUGGAGAAGUCCAGGUUGUUCACGAGAAGAGCACGGGAGACGUGUACGCGAUGAAGGUCAUGAAAAAGUCCCAUAUUCUGCAGCAAGCUGAUGCAGCAUUCUUCUUGGAGGAGCGUGACAUAAUGGCCUGGACCACCAGUCAGUGGCUCACCGCCCUCCACUACGCCUUUCAAGAUAGUAGUCACCUCUACUUGGUGAUGGACUUCCACCCUGGAGGUGAUCUGCUCUCCGUUAUGGAGAGAAACGAGGGGGGCAUGAGUGAGAGCGAUGCCAGGUUCUACCUGGCAGAGAUAGCCGCAGGGCUCAACGACCUCCACGAGUUGGGAUUUGUCCAUCGAGACAUUAAACCAGAGAAUGUUCUCAUCACGAGGUCAGGUCACAUCAAGUUGGUUGACUUUGGCUCUGCGGCGAGACUCGGCCCCGAGGGAAAAGUCCCCCCGAGGUCCUCACCAGUCUGGACCACUCGGCCGACUACGGGUGUGUGCUGUGACUGGUGGUCCCUGGGAAUCAUCACCUACGAACUUGUCUACGAUGUCACUCCAUUCUCUGGGUCCUCCACCUCCGAGACCUACGGCAACAUCAUGAACUAUCAGAAGAGCCUGUCAUAUCCAGAGGGAGGUAAGGAGGCCAGCGAUGAGCUGCGGGACCUGGUGUCUGGACUCCUCACCAGUCCAGACUCCCGACUGGCCUACUCGGGGCUCCAGACUCACUUUUUCUUCUCAUCCACUGACUGGACCUCUCUGCAACACUCCUUGCCUCCCUACAUCCCUAGUGUGUGUGCACCAGACGACACUGCCAAUUUUGAAGACUUUGAGACCCAGCGAGACUGCGGGGACGACCAUCUGCUGACCCCCCUCAGUCAGCACGGAGGACAGCGCGGCUUCACGGGAAAAUCCCUCCCGUUUAUCGGCUUCACGUUCACCAGCAUGGACUCUGUGAACCUUAACCUCUCAACCUCUGAGGAAAAUCUUCAGGCUAGAGAGGGGAGAGGGAGAGGAGGGGAGGGGGAGAAGGUGUCUGGACCGAGGAGAGAGCUGGACUCUGCUCUGAGGGAAAUGAAGGAGUUGCGAGAGAGAAAGUCGUCACUUGAGAGGGAGUGUGUCAUCUAUCAGAGUCAGCUGGAGGACUUUCAUCGUAAGUUGGAGAUAGAGAAAGUGGAUCGACGUCUAUCAGACAGCCAGGCCCUCCAACUGCUGGAGGAGGUCAGGGAGCAGGGGAAGAUUGCUCAGCAACUCAGAGAAGGAGAGGCAAAUAGUACGUGUGAGGAGCUAAAGGUGGUGAUAGAGCAGCUGGAGCAGGAGAGGGGCGUGGCCUGCAAGAGGGCCCGGAGACUCCAAGACGAGCUGCAGAAAGUCCAGCAGGAGAGAGACGGAGCACUGAAGAAGGUGUCAGAGUACAAGUCGAAACUGGCCGAUGUGAAGCAGAGUGGGAGGAAAGACAUUACAGCUCUUCAGGCCAAGCUAGCCAAGGUGACGAAGGACUCGGUGGCAAAGGUGACGGAGAUGCAGAACAGACUGACUGAGGCCCACUCACGAGUCUCGGAGUCCUCCAAGAGACUCCAGGAGUCGGAGAGUGAGAGGAGGAAACUAGAGUUCAGUCUCCAGCAGGCACAGUAUGUGUGUGUGGUACAGUCAAGUGGAUCUAGUGCAGUCAGCUCUAGCGGUGAGUCUGCCAGAGCUAUGACCAAGAGACUGGAAGAGGCUGAGAAUGCCAGAACUAAAGCAGGGAAGCAGGUCGGAGAUUUUAAACACCAGUUAGAGUUGAAGGGACAAGAGAACUCAAGCUUGCAGACCCAGUGUACACAGCUCAGCCAACAAGUCAAGGAGUUGGAGGACCAGUGGCAAAGUGCCAACUCACGCCAGGAGCAGCUAGAGGCAGCUGAGUGGGACCUCAAGACCAGACUGGAGCAGAUGUCCCGAGAGAAGGAGAAAGCAGUGGCUGUUGGUAAACAGACAGAGAGGGGUAUGAAGGAUCUUGAGAAGGUUGUGAGCAAGUUGCAGUCUGAGAAAGACAGACUGGAAGAUGAGCUAAGAUCCCAGAGAUCCUCCACAGAUGUCAGUGAUGGUAAGGGUACCGAGGAAGGCAAGAAGGAAGAGAUGCAGACUCAGCUGGCUGAGAGAGAGAAAGAAGUCAAGACCUUGCAGGAUAAGCUAGAGGCUGCCCACAAAGAGGUCCAGCAGUUGAAGGAGAGUCUGCGGUCGGUCCAGGUCCAACUGAGUGAGACCAGCAACCUGUACAUAGCCCAGGGAGACAAACUGAGGGAGGUCCGCAGGUCCCGUCUCGAGCUCGACCAGGCAAACACCUCCCUCAAGACCAACCUCUCACGAUCCAAGUCGGAGGUGAGGCGGUGGAGCAAGAAGUUUGAGGACGUGAGUAGAGACAUGGAGGGCCUCAAAGGCCUCAAGAAGACCGUCGCUCAACUUCAGAAGGAAAUUGAGACUCUCAUCAACAGGAAUAAGGAGGCAAAGAGGGAGGUGGAGGUGUCCAGAGCACAGAGAGAAGAGGCAGUAGUGGCCAGAGAGGAGGCAGAGACAGCUCUCAGGAACACCAAGAAAGAGAUAGAGGCUCAGGAACUGAACGUGGCACUGCUGGAAAAGAAGCUAAGUAGUGUGGAGGAGGAGCUGGCAGAGGCCAGAGGAUCCGUGGAGGAAGAGAGAGGGAGGGAGAAGGAGUGGAGGGAGGGGAGAGAUUUCCUGCAGACUGACCUCAAGACCACAGGGAAGAGACUCGAGGAUGCCUACGCCGAGCUUGAGAAGGAGAAGACGCAGAGGGCCUCUCUGGAGCAGAGUGUGGCGGGGGCCCUGUCCAGUCUGGAGAAGACGGCCGCGGCUCACGGAGAGGAGCAGAGGAGGCUGGCGGAGCAGCUGGCCACCCAGAAACAGCUGGCCUCCAAGUACAGCGACCGGGUCUCUGAGCUGGAGAGAGAGACCCGGCUGAGGGGGCUGGAACUGAAGGAGGCCAAGAAGGAGCUGGAGACCGAGCGGAGUCUGGCCUCUAAACUCUAUGAUGACCUUCACUCCCUGGGUCGAGAGCACGGGAAGCUGAAGGCAGCCCACUUCAAGAUGUUGGAAGAGUCCCAGGAGACGGCCAGUAAACUGAGUCAUGAGGCAGUCGUGAGAAAGAGGGCUCUGGACCAGCAGAGAGCCGCUGCAGAGACUCUUCUCAUCCAGGAGACCAAACUACAGGUCACCAUUGCCCAGCAGAGCAAGCUCAUCGACUUUCUCCGGAAAUCACCUCCGCCGUCUCGCGGAGUUCGCUUCAAGUUCAAACUGAGUCGGAAAUCUCGAGACCCGGCCAAAGAACUUGCCGAUUGGAAGAAGAUAAAGGGGCUAGCUGCAAAGCCUACAGAAAAAGAUGGGCCUAGUCGGUCAGCGUCUCUCCAACGGAUGCCCUCCUCCGCUCCAACUCUGCUCUCUGUUCGCUCCCGUCUCUCUGUCCCUACCGUAUCCUCCACUGCUUCUCCUCAGCUCACCACUCCACCAGUCUCAAAGAACGUGGUCCAUCUUCCUCCCACUCAUGACGACACAGCCACUCCAAGCGUCACUGUCUCGGAGCUCUCCUCCGAUUCAGAGGACGUACAUACCACGCCCUCUUCCGUCUCGAGGGGGAUUUCCCCCACGACCCACCAGCACCAACCUGUUCUCAAGAGGUUGUCGGUCGACAUACACAAGCAGACUGCCGUCACUGAAGGCACCUUGCAACCGCAGCCGGUAGACACUCCGCAGAGGAAAGGAAAGAAGAAAAGAGGCCUAGAAGCAUUUUCCAGUUCGUCUACCGGACUUGCCAUGGAACACAAUAUCCCUCACAAGUUUGUGUUAAAGUCGGCUCCUCUCCGCAAGUCCUACGUCUGCUCCUUCUGUAAGAGCUCCAUCAAAGCCAUGCAGAAGUUUGUCAAGUGCACCUACUGUGGGCAGGCCUGCCAUCCAAAGUGCAGUGAUCAACUACCAAACAACUGCGGACUGCCGGCUGAACUGGUUGAUUUUGCACUGCCUUCCUCUGCUAAGAAAUCGCGGCAAGAGGAGGAAGGGGAGGAGGGAAAGAACGUUGAAGAGGGCGAGAGAGUAAAAGAAGAAGUGAGCUACAAACCUAGCUCAAGUCUUGCAAGAAGAAAAGGCGACACCACCAAGAUUGGAAAAGUCUUUGUUCCCAAGGGUGAGCUCAAGUCAGAGUGUUGGUUGGUGCUGACUGAAUCAUCUCUCAGUUGCUACGACCGGCAUCCGACCGGCAUCAACAGACAACCUCUCAGCUCCUUCUGCUGGACCGACCCCCAGAACUUGGUGGUCGUUCUGAGCAGGGUGGACGCCCGGCCGAGUCCCUACAUGUCCCCCUCGCGGAACCAGCACCUGUUUGCAGUGGAGCAGCACUCGGCCGGCGGGACCAAACGAGCUGUUUUUGUCACUGAGACAUGGAAGGAGAAGCAAGAGUGGAUAGGAGCCGUGGAGGCGGCAAUCACGAGAAACAGCGGCGUUCUCGGUGGUGAACCUGCUGUAGGGGGGGUUCCUUCGACCAGGUCCAGUGUGGCAGCGGUUGUGACUCCAACCACCACCACACCACGCGGUCUCGACGGGCAGCAGCCAACAGACCACCCAGACCUGCCUCCACCACUACAUGCACCACUUCCAGUCCCGAUAGCUCUGUUGUAUGAAAAAUGUAUGAAAAAGCUGGUCAAGAAGCCCCAUGAAGGCUUCUCUGCAGGUCUGAUUGACGAAGAUGACAUCUACAAGUGGGAGAUUUUCAUCAUUGGACCCCCGGAGACCUUCUAUGAAGGUGGCUGUUUCAAGGCUCACCUAUACUUCCCCAAGGAGUACCCUCAGAGACCACCCAAGAUGAAAUUCAUGUCGGAAAUGUGGCAUCCUAAUGUGGAGAAGAACGGCGAUGUGUGUAUAUCGAUACUGCACGAGCCGGGAGAGGACAAGUGGGGCUACGAGAAACCAGAGGAGCGGUGGCUGCCCAUUCACACGGUGGAGACCAUUCUCAUCAGUGUCAUCUCCAUGCUGGCCGACCCCAACGAUGAGAGCCCGGCCAACGUUGACGCUGCCAAAGACUGGCGUGAAGACUAUAACGGUUCCUUCAAGAAAAAAGUCUUGAAAUGUGUCCGCAAAAGUCAGGAACCUGACGACUUUUAGCGUUGCAUCUGUUUUUAGUUCCUGUAUUACAAACGUCACUCGCUUCGCUUCCUCAUCCACACACACCAUGUGCAUAUUACACAAGUAACUACUGUAUAGUUUGUUGUUGUCACUUGCAUAUGUUGUCUGUUGCACUGUCCUUUUAAAAUCACGACA